CCCGCCUCCUGCAACGCCCCGGGCCAGGUCGCGCUGGACGGGAUGCUCGAGGUGGAUGACUGCCCCAAGAGCGCCGACGAGGCGCGCUCGCUCAAAAAGUGCUCCGACCCGGCGCUGCAGAUCGGCGAGCGCUGCGAGGCGGACGGCGAGUGCGGCACCGACGUGCAGCUCAACAACUGCCUCUACUACAUGGACUCCUUCUGGGGCGCGCUCUCCGCCUUCACGGGCGACAUCUACCGCAGGGUGGAGAUGCCCGCCUCGGCGGCGGCGCUCCCCGACGACCUCAAGGGCCUCCUUGCCGUGGAGCUGCCCGACUACCACGAGGCGCUGCUCCGGGCGGGCCCGGGCGCGGCCGACGCCGGCGAGCCGGUCGACGCGCGCGCCGGCCGGACGUACGGCGUGCUGCUUGGGAUGCUCUGCCUGCUCGACGGCGGGCUGCUGCUGCAGCUCGGGCAUGCGCUGCGCACCCUCACGCCGCUCGCCAUCUGGCACCCUCCGCUCGGCGCGGGCGGCGCGCUCACCGCCCUCUCGUCGCUCGCCGCCGCCGCUGCCGGGGGCGUCGCCGCGGUGCUCGGCGUGCUGGCGCUCGCGCUCCCCCUCUCCCUCUGCUACUUUGCGAGCGACGCAGAGGGGCUGCUCGGGCACGUUCUCGGGGUGCUGCUGCUGCUGCACUCCGCCGCGCUCGCGCUGCUCUGCCGCUCCCUCGCGGCGCGCGGCGGCGAGCCGUACGGCAUCCUCGGCCCGUCGCACUCGAUGCUGCGCCACCCCGCCGCCUCGACCCGCGGCACGGCAGCCGGCUCGCUCGCCUGCCUCGGCGGCGGCAUCGCGGUGCUGGCGACGGUGGGCACCGUCUUCCCGAGCGGGGUGAGCGGCGACGUCGGGCUGGGCUGGUCGCUCAGCGGGCUCCGCGGCGAGGCGCUC